GUAGCUGACCUCACUACAUGGUUAAGGUCACCAGGACUCAGGAGCUGCCUGUCUUGUUCCCCCAUCAACCAUCAACCCAUCUAGAGAAGACAUGGCCGUGACGUCCACCACCACUGUGAUCCAAGUCGGCGGGGCCCCCAGCAGCCGGAACUGGUCCACUGAGCUCUGUGACUGCUGUACAGACACCAACACCUGCUGCUGUGGCUUCUGGUGCUUCCCCUGCAUGCAGUGCAAGGCCGUGGGGGACUUCGGCUGGUGCUGCGCCAUGCCCCUGCUGGACUUCUUCUGCUGCGCCGUGUCCUGCUGCCUGCGCUCCUCCAUGAGAGAGCGAUACAACAUUGACGGUUCGGGCUGUAAUGACUGCUGUGCGUUGAUGUGGUGUUACCCGUUCGUCUGGUGCCAAAUGGCUCGGGAAGUCAAGAUCCGCAAGCAUGGAAGUGCACCGCCCACCACUAUGGUGAUCACCAACCAGGUCACCUAGGGGCUCCGAGCCAGGGGCCCCUAGGGAGCCAAACUGAAGCUAGUGGCCCUGGCCUUGGGUGUUUCCAAUCUAGUGGUCUGACCAGUAGAUUGGUAAUGAAGACUUUUAAGGUCUUAGAUUAUUAUUUCGAUUUAGAGAAAAAUAUUCGAAAAGAAAUGCGUGCCGAAAAUAUGAAAUAAGUUGCAUACAAAUUGCAGUGUGAAAUGACUGGAGAUACAAAGUCAGUUGCCCGUUGAAAGAUUGUGCUACAUUAAAAUAUAAUAUAUAUAUCAAUAAGGUAAACAACGCAAAGUCUGACAUGGAAAGACCUCCUCACAGACCUAUGGGGUGCAAUAGAUACACUGGGGAUUUGCAGGUGUUGUGGGAGAGGGAUAUACAAGUAAUCGAUGCACUGGCAUUUUUCCAGUGGACAUUCCAGUGCAUUGGCUCCAUGUCUGUGAUUUUAGAAUUGUGCAUUCAGUGAGGAAUGGUGAUCUCAAUAAUGUGAAGAUCUGUUGUAUAUGUAUAUAGUACACAUAAGGGGGGGGGCAUUCUGUUGGCUUUUUUUAUUUUUGCUUUUGGGCGCAAAAGUAUACCGUAAUAAAACGAUUUAUAUGAAAAAUUUGCCUGGGUGGAACCACUCGUGGAUGGGCACGUUUUGUUCUUGGGAAACUUUCUAGAUAUUUUUGGGCUUCGGUAAAAAGAGCAGGUUUAAGUUAUGACACCAGGGAGAGGGAUGGCUUUGCUGUUAGACUGGACCAUUCAAAACUAGAAUAUACAUUUUCAAAAUGCAAAGCAUAAAGAAAUUGUGUUUAUGAGGUUAAACAUAUAUGAACGGAAUGUAGGCUAUUACAAUAUUGUAUUAGCAAAGUGCUCAUUUGAUUAGCCUCAUUCUCAUUUUUAUUUGGGGGAAAAUUUAAGAUUAACAGUAAUUCAGCGGACAUACAACCCUUUGAAAUGCUAUAAAACAUAACAAAUAUAUUUUAUGUUCUUUGCCUGGAUAAUGAGGUCGAACGAGGAGUCGUUGCAUUCUAAAACCAUAACCGGUUAGGUUGUUUAAAAGAAACGUCUCAUUAAAUAUAUAGGAAUACCAGGGUUUUUUCUAAACAAGGGAACAGGGGCGCUGCCCCGAUACUCCCGGCGUGCGCCAUCCUACCGAAAUGCCGACUGAACCUGUCAGACUUGGAUCUGUACUUACAUGCUGCUGUACAACAUACACUAUUUCUCAAAACGAUCUUUUCUCCGCGAAAAUAUCCCAACACCACCACCUGACAAUGUGUCUGAUCCUCAAAUAACUUAUAAUUACUCCAAAAAUAUUCCGAUCCGAAUUGGAGUUUCCCAGACCGAGUCGACAUGCUAACGUUAAAGUUAUUAGCAGCUAGCUAGCUAGCUACUAUGUAUUUGAAUGGGUUUUUGGUCUAGGCGCUAAGAUGCUAAGCAAGUAUACAAGACCAUUCCAGUUCUCUCUGCACAAAGCGGUUUCAAUGAACGACAGAAAUAAACAAAUGCUGAGUGUUGAUCAAGAGUUUUGCGAGAGCAAAACGAACAGUCGAACAGGGUUCCCUGUUACCAGGGAACCCGUAGCAGGGAACUAAAUGGCAGCUGCACGGCCGAAUUAGCCCAAUAAAAGUGUAGUAACCCAGAGAACCAGCUACAACAUAGUUUUCAUCCAAACGAGCCGUCUUUAGCGAACGGUGAAUUGCAUUGGCUUCUACGAGCAGUCGGCUUUCAGCCGCGAGCUUAGGGACCGUCUGCAAAGUGCAAAACUGAAUUGCAUUGGCUUCUACGAGCAGUCGGCUUUCAGCCGCGAGCUUAGGGACCGUCUGCAAAGUGCAAAACUGAAAACGACAACAAUAGUAACAUUUCUAUAGCGUCGCCAUUAUUGACUCUAGAGCCCCAAAACUUGUUCCAUAGAGGCAUGGCACAGGAGGUCUACCAUGACUAACGCUACCCUGAACCACCUCCUCAGGAUCAGUAUUGAGGGGCCUGCAAUUGAUCAAUUUGAUUUUGGCAAGGCAGUGAGCCGUUGGGGUCUCAGGAACAGGCGGCUGCUGUUGUGAUUUGUCCUACUUAAUAAAAGUUUAGCCAAUAUUUUUUA